AGCUGUACACAUAAGAACGCCCCCGCAGUCAAAGGCCGAGAUAUACGCACAGACUGUAUAGCAUUGCCACUGCCUAUACAUGUCCUUAUACUCCGUGUGGUGCUGCAAACUCCAUACAGCUCUCGCUUCUCGGUGUGUGUUUACUGUAUGUGUGCGAGCGUGUGUAUGUGUCACAUAGGCUGGCAGCAGCAUCGCGCACGGCGGCUCAGCUGCAACAUGGCCGCUCAGUGUUGAUCCUCGACGACGUAUAGCCGCUAUAUACGCUCUUGUAUACAAUAAUAAUACUCGUGUAAUAAGUGUACGCCGACUGGGCUGACGUUUAACAGUGAAAAGCGACGUUCGUCGAGUGUCUCGUGUGCAGUGGCAAUUGUUUUUUUUGUGCAUAAGUCUCAGCGACGAGCGAACAGUUUGAAGACCGAGAUCGAGAUGAUCGAUCGUCGGUGAAUUUUUUGCACCACGCCGCUUUCGCGACUUGACACAUAUAACACGCGAGACAGAGAGAGAGAGAUGACUGCUGCGAUCGUACGUACACAGAGCCCAUGUAAACUGCUGCAAGCCCACCUUCGAGACGAAUUCGCUAAGAGCAGAACAUAUCAAUAAAGCAAUAAAAAACUUUUCUUACAGGUGUGUCAGGCUAUACAAGCUUGAGAAAAAUCCACGACGACGGCGGAGCAAGCAGCCAGUGCUAACGGCGGCUGCUACUGUGACGACGGUGGUGGUGCGCUUGUGUUGGCGGUGCAGUGAGAAUAAGCGCGCAAUAAGCGAGAGGGGGUUAUGAUCUCCAUGUCAAUCAUGACACCUAUUUUCCUCCUUGUUCUCUUGUUGGUGAUCGACCCUCUUACCGCGCAGAGCAGUGGUGAGCGUGGCCCACCGAGAUUCCUGGGAAAACCGCAGUCGUUGAAAGUCAAAGCUGGAGGAAUAGCGAGCUUUUUCUGCAGUGCAUCAGGAUCACCGCCACCGCAGAUUCAUUGGCGUAAAAAUGGGAGAAAAAUUACUCAAACUCAGUCGCGAUUCAUGGUCCAUCCAUACGACAACGGCACGCUGCUGCGAAUCGAGCCGGUCCGCACGGGCCGUGACAGUAUCGAGUACGAGUGCUUGGCGGAAAAUGGCGUGGGCGAUGCGGUGACGGCGACCGCAACUCUCACAGUUCACGAAGCUGAAAGACUGCCACAAGGCUUCCCCAUGAUAACUCAAGCACCUACGACAAAGGUCGUGGAAAAAGGUCACAAUGCUCUGUUAUCUUGCGCUGCCGUGGGCUCGCCUACUCCCAUUAUAUCCUGGAUGAAAAAUAUGCUGCCCAUCGACACGACCAAUCCACGCUACACCGUACUCGAAACCGGAUCGCUCCAGAUAACGGAAUCCGAGCCGUCUGAUCAGGGAAAAUAUGAGUGCGUGGCAAACAACACCGUCGGCACGGAAUAUUCAAAAUCGACCAUGCUCUACGUAAAAAUGCGCCGAGUGGCUCCGCAAUUCUCGAUCCCACCGAAUCCCGUGAACGAGGUGAUGCUAGGCUCGUCGUUGAAUCUGACUUGCGUCGCGGUCGGCGCGCCCAUGCCCUACGUGAAGUGGCGCAAAGAGCCCGCCACGGAUCUGACGCCCGACAAUCUCAUGCCACCCGUUGGUAAGAACGUGCUGCAGCUCAAGGACAUCAAGGAAUCGGCCAAUUACACGUGCAUCGCCCAGAGCGAGUUGGGCAUCAUCAACGCCACUACCCUCGUCAAAGUUCACUCUCUACCACUGGCGCCGGAGCACGUUCAGGUCUCGGACGUAACUGCCAUGUCGGUCAAGCUGACAUGGUCUUAUAAAGGUCCCGAUCAAUUGGCUUAUUACGUCAUUCAGCACAAGCCGAGGCACGCAAACCAGGCCUUCGCCGAGAUAUCGGGAAUAACGACCAUGUACUAUCAAGUGCGGACUCUCAGCCCCUACACCGAGUACGAGUUCUACGUGAUAGCAGUCAACGAUAUAGGCAGAGGACCGCCCAGCGCACCGGUCGUCGUGACCACCGGCGAAACAAGCGCCAGACCCGGGAGCGCACCACGCAACGUUCAAGUUCGACCGCUUAGCUCCACCACUAUGGUAAUUCAGUGGGACGAGCCGGAAACACCAAACGGUCAAGUUACGGGCUACAAGGUUUACUACACGACGGAUCCCAGUCAGCCGAUGCCGAAUUGGCAAUUCCAAACGGUCGACAACAACCAACUGACGACGAUAUCCGACUUGACGGCUCACGUGAUCUACACGAUUCGUGUCCAAGCAUUGACGAGCAUAGGUCCAGGACCAUUGAGCACACCGGUGCAAAUCAAAACGCAACAAGGCGUGCCCAGCCAGCCCGAGAAUCUGCAGGCUGUCGACAUCGGCGAGACCUCCGUUACCCUCAAGUGGAAUAAACCCGCUCACAGUGCCGAUAACAUUCUCAGUUACGAGCUUUACUGGAACGAUACUUACGCACAGGAAAAACAUCAUCGGAAAAUUUUGGAACUGGACACUUAUACUCUGACGGGCCUGUAUCCCAACACCCUCUACUACAUCUGGCUGGCGGCGCGCAGUCAACGGGGCGAAGGAGCAACUACCAUACCGCUACCCGUUCGCACCAAGGAGUACGUCCCGGGCGCACCACCGCGCAAUGUAACCGGCUACUCGCAGAGCGCAACGUCUAUAUUGGUCAAAUGGGAGCCACCGCCGAUUGAACGUUCGAACGGCCCCAUCACGUACUACAAGCUUUACUAUGUCGAGAAGGGAAUUAGCGAUUCGGGAUCGACGUUCGUCAAACAGAGCAAGACCGAGUACCUGCUGGAGGAGUUGAAAAAAUGGACCGAGUACAGAAUUUGGGUGGUAGCCGGCACGAGCGUCGGCGAUGGACCGCCAAGUUAUCCCAUAACUGUACGCACCCAGGAAGACGUACCCGGCGAUCCGCAGAACGUCAAGGCAACUGCGAUCAAUUCCACAACGAUACACGUCGAGUGGGAGCCUCCCAAGCCUUACGACCGCAAUGGCAUUAUACGAGGAUAUCACGUUUACGUUCAAGAGGUUCGCGAGGAGAGUCAAACUCAGCUCAAUGAGCCGAUUCUCAGUAUCAUUUUGGAGGAAAAAGUUUUACAAACGAACAUUAGCGGAUUACAGCCUGACACGCGCUACGAUGUGCAAGUUGCUGCCCUCACGCGCAAGGGCGAUGGCGCUCGCUCGCUUCCGGCUCACGUGAAAACACCCGGCGGAGUGCCUGGGAAACCUCAGCUUACCGUCAAAGUUAUGAGUCGAGAAGACCCGAUCGAAAUCGAAGUUGAAUGGAAGAAGCCUCAAGAAACGUUCGGAAAAAUACUUGGAUACAGAAUAAGAUAUGGAGUUAAAAAUCAAACCCUCAAAGAAAUCAACAUCGAGGGUGAUCAGAGAUUCUCGUAUAGAAUAACAGACCUUGAGGAACGUGGAGUCGAUUACGAAUUUCGAGUUGCUGGAAGGAAUGCUAUGGGUUACGGUCAAGAACAAGUUCGAAAUUGGUUUAGUCAGGAAAGCGCACCGAGCGGUGCUCCUAUAAAUCUGAAUUACAAUUUCCAAACACCUGAUACGGUCUGCAUAACUUGGGAACCACCACCACCAAAAUUCAGAAAUGGUCACAUCGUCUCUUACAACGUACAAUUUCAUAAAAAGAUCGAUCAUACGAGCGAGGUAACACGUAAUACUACAAAAACACGGGCUGUCUUCAUAGAAUUAGAAGAGAAUACUGAAUACGUUUUCCACGUCAAAGCUCUUACUCUACGCGGUGGUGGUCCGUACUCGGAGAAGUUGUUUAUUACUACAGACAAGGAUAUCGGUCGAGCGCCAAUGUCGGUGAAUGCUGUGGCAACUUCGGAGUCAAGUGCUGAAGUUUGGUGGGAUCCGGUACCAAAUCUAAGCAAAAUUGUUGGCUAUCAAAUCUUUUACACCACUACUGCUGUUGAGGAUCUCGAUGAAUGGAAAAAUAAGAGCGUUGGCUUAACAGAAUCAGCGGAUUUAUUAAAUCUCGAAAAGUACGCUACUUACGCCGUUGCUGUGGCUGCUCGCUACAAAACUAAUUUAGGACGACUAAGCGUCAAAACUACUGUAAAAGUCUGGCCCGAAGAUGUUCCGUUGCAAUUACGAGCACCGGAAGUUUCGACGCAUUCGAUGGUUCUGUCGUGGACGACACCGCUGAAACUCAAUCCCAUCAACUACAAAAUAUCUUUUGACGCGGUCAAAGAGUUCGUUGAUUCACAAGGAAUGACUCAAACGCAGAUAGUACCAAGACGCACGAUACUCUUGGACGCUAAUACCUUGAGUACCGAAGUCAAAGAUUUGCAGCCAUUCACUACGUACAACGUGAACGUUAGCGCUGUACCCCCAGAUCAAAAGUACAGACCUCCAUCGAAGAUCACUGUCACUACCCAAAUGGCUGCGCCGAAACCCAUGGUCGGCCCUGCUUUUUAUGGAGUUGUUAACGGCGAGGAAAUUCAAGUUAUACUGCCACAAGCUUCCGAAGAGUAUGGACCAAUUUCCCAUUACUACUUAAUCGUCGUGCCAGAGUCCCUGGAAACGGCAAAUAAGCAGCCAGAUGAAUUUACGCAAGAUCAACUGGUUGGCAAAAAUUCUAAAGACAACAAUCCCAAUAAGCCUUAUGUCACUGCCAAAUUUCCUCAUCGUGAUAUUCCAUAUACUUUCCACCUUGGUGACGAUGGUACAUAUGAAGGAUUUUUAAAUGCCAAACUUGACAAAAUGAAGCGUUACAGAAUAUUUGUUCGAGCAAUUGUCGAUACGCCGAGAAAACAUUUGUACACGUCCUCGCCCUUCUCAGAAUAUUUGUCGUUGGAUAUGAGAGAGCCACCACCAGGUGAGCCUCCACGUCGCCCACAUCCGGAUUCGCCCAUCGAUGGUAACCCAGAGGUUUCCGUUGAUAGGAGUGGCCAAGAACCCGGUAUGGUCUGGGUGGUUGGCCCCAUUAUAGCUGCUCUCAUGGUCAGCGUUUGUUUGGUUCUGCUAUUCGUAAUUAAAAAAAGUAAAAAACUCCAAUCAUCUCGUAGACGCAGACAGCCAUGUAAAGCACCUGACCAGACGGCAGUAACAAGGCCUUUAAUGUCCGCUGACAUAAAUACUAAUCACGCUCCGUCCGAUCCAGUCGAGAUGCGUCGGUUGAAUUUCCAGACGCCCGGCAUGAUAUCUCACCCGCCUAUACCCAUUAGCGAAUUAAGCAAUCACAUCGAUCGUUUGAAAGCGAACGACAAUCUUAAGUUCAGUCAAGAAUAUGAAUCUAUAGAGCCUGGACAGCAGUUUACGUGGGAUCAUUCCAAUAUGGAGGUCAACACAUCCAAGAACCGUUACGCUAAUGUAAUAGCCUAUGACCAUUCACGUGUUAUACUGCAAACGGUCGAUGGCAUACCCGGUUCAGAUUACAUUAAUGCCAAUUACUGCGACGGGUAUCGAAAGCAAAAUGCCUAUGUAGCUACGCAAGGUCCAUUAGCGGACACUUUCGGAGAUUUUUGGCGCAUGUGUUGGGAAGUAAGAUCCAGCACAAUCGUUAUGAUGACCAAACUUGAGGAGAGAACGAGAAUCAAAUGCGACCAAUAUUGGCCAACUCGAGGUACAGAGACUUAUGGACAAAUGCAGGUCACGAUUGGCGAUGUUCAAGAACUGGCUACUUAUUGCAUAAGAACAUUCCAAGUCUGUAGACACGGCUACAGCGAGCGUCGCGAAAUCAAGCAACUUCAAUUUACCGCUUGGCCAGACCACGGCGUACCCGAGCAUCCAGCUCCAUUCCUACAGUUCUUGCGUCGCGUCCGUAUUCUGAAUCCGUCCGAUGCUGGCCCACUGAUCGUUCACUGCAGUGCCGGCGUUGGCCGCACUGGUUGUUUCAUCGUCAUUGACUCCAUGCUGGAGCGCAUCAAGCACGAAAAAACAAUUGACAUUUACGGGCACGUCACUUGCCUUCGAGCUCAGCGCAACUACAUGGUCCAAACCGAGGACCAGUACGUUUUCAUUCACGAUGCUCUUCUUGAAGCCGUCAUUUGUGGAAAUACCGAGGUUCCAGCGAGAAAUUUACACUCGCACAUGGCUAAACUAAUGCAGCUAGAAAUCGACAACAUAACCGGCAUGGAGUUGGAAUUCAAAAAGUUGUCGAAUAUUAAAGUCGACUCAACGCGUUUCAUAUCGGCCAACUUGCCGUGCAACAAACACAAAAAUCGUCUUGUACAUAUAUUGCCUUACGAGUGCACUAGGGUAUGUUUGCAACCUCAACGCAACAUCGAGGGUUCGGAUUACAUUAAUGCUAGUCUCAUUGACGGCUACCGUUAUCGCAGCGCAUAUAUUGCCACUCAAGGUCCUCUUAACGAUACUACCGAUGACUUCUGGCGAAUGUUAUGGGAACACAACUCGACCAUCGUAGUCAUGCUGACAAAACUGAAAGAGAUGGGACGAGAAAAAUGUCACCAGUACUGGCCAUCCGAUCGUUCCAUACGUUAUCAAUGCUUCGUAGUUGAUCCGAUUGCUGAAUACAAUAUGCCGCAGUACAUACUACGAGAAUUCAAAGUAACGGACGCUCGCGAUGGCUCGAGUCGUACCGUACGUCAAUUCCAGUUUAUCGAUUGGCCCGAGCAAGGUGUCCCCAAGGCCGUCGACGGAUUCAUCGACUUUAUCGGUCAGGUGCACAAAACCAAGGAACAAUUUGGUCAAGAUGGGCCGAUUACUGUUCAUUGCAGUGCCGGCGUCGGCAGGACCGGCGUUUUCAUCACUCUCAGCAUUGUUCUUGAGCGCAUGCAGUACGAAGGUGUCGUUGAUAUUUUCCAAACAGUUAGGAUACUGCGUACUCAGAGACCGGCCAUGGUGCAAACCGAGGAUCAGUAUCAAUUCUGUUAUCGUGCCAGUCUAGAUUAUCUAGGUUCGUUCGAUCAUUACACUAACUGACAACCGAUGGAAAACAAUACCUUGAUGAGACACGAAAUGAUGAUUGACGCUACUGGAUCGUCGGUCAGGGGUGUUAUCAUCGGUGGCAGUAACAAUAACAAUACCUCGUCGAUGGACCGUUCAAUGGGCCGAAGUCGCGAACACACGAUCGAAAGAGCUGCCAAAGUGCGCAAGGUCUAGUGGUACGACGAGACGUCGUCGUCGCUUACCCCAGCACUACAGCGACGACGUCGCUUCGAUCUGCCACCACCCUCUUCGGGCUUUUCUGCCAGCGAAUUCGACGAGGUUUAAUAGACCAUGACCCAUUUCUCAGUUACUUGACUCUUGACUUAACUACUCAGUUCAUUACUACGCGAGCUUUGAAAAAGUGAUAUAAAUACCUCCCCCCUGACAUUCUCUGUAUACUCUCGAGGAAAUAACCGAAAUAAGCAAAAACAUAUCCAAGUGCAUCUUUUUUGCAAUUCGAUGAUUAACAAUUUUUUUACAAAAUGUAUUAGAAUGUAGGCUUACUUAGAAAUUUAAUGAGCAAAUGAGCGAGUUUCCAAAUGUGAAUGAUGGUAUUACUUAUAUCUUUAUAAUUAACGCGAAUUCGUAAGAGCUAUCUGGAAAACCGGGGUGAUUCCAGAUAUCAAGUGACUAUUAUACUUAUGUUAUUACUGCCUGUAACCCCUUUCUAUACAUAGACUGUGUACAAAUAGUCGUUCAGCAAGAUGACGUGAAAAAGAUUUCGAAAAUUAUGAAUUAUAAGUUUUAUUUUAAGCUUAUGAAUUUAUCAUAAGCAAUAAUAAAUAAACAUUGCCAAAUCCAAUCGUGACAGAAAAAGUUGAAUGACUGAACGAGAAGUUUCGAUAUCUCGUAUAAAGAUGGCUAGGAAACAUUUUGAGUAACUAAAUGUGUUAAACAUGAAUUUUAGGAUGUAAGUAAGUUAGUAAUAAAUGAUUAUAAGUUUUAGUGUGCAUUUAAUAAAAGAGGGUCAUUAGGAAUGCAAAAAUAUUAUAUAGAAGUAUAAUAUAAAAAAUAAAUAUGGAUUAGCAAGUAAUAGUUUUAUAAAACUCUGUACAACUCGUUUAUUCAACGAAUUCAGAGUGGAUGGUGAAAGUGUCAAAAAAUGUGUGAAUAGAUAACAAAGCUGAUGAAGAAAACGCACUAAAUGUUUAAAAAUUUCAAACGUUGUUGACCCGUGUUUCUCGUGGUUCCAAAUUAUGACAUAUUUAAUAUCAUUAAAAAAACGUGUACAAAGAUGAAUGUUAUAAUGAUAUCGAUAAUAUAUACUUAAUGUCGUGUCUUUGAUAUAAUGUUAAAAUGGACGUCAUGAAAUUUUGUAAUGUCUGACGAUUAGUAUUUUCGUAAUGACUGUGUGUAUCACAUUCAAAAUCAUGUUGAUUAAUUUUUUGUGUCAUCGGAACAUUGCAAUAAAUAUUUAUGAAUUUUUUGUGU